AUCCAUUACUUCUUCAACAUUACCAGAUCCAAAUCUGGUCGUUGCAUCUCCUUCUGAUACAACAGGCUCAUCUACUUCGUCACCUUCUUUAACUCAUAACCAGCAUAUAAAUACGGAUAGAAUAAAAACAUCCUCACCUAGUAGCACCACCAACUCACAAAAGUCAUUUUCACCUCCUUACCCUACUUCAUCAUCAUCACCUAACUCAUCGCCUGAUAAUCAUUCAUUAGAGGAAAACAGGCACUUUUAUUUUCAACGACCUCAAACAUAUAACAAUAAUCAUCACCGUCAUUUUCACUAUCCGUUUGAAACCACUCCUAUCAGUACUAGUCAUCAUCGUAUCAUGCCUUACACUCCAAGUCGAUUAUUAACCGCAUCCAACACGGUCACAUCACCUUCCUUUUCAGCGCCCUUAUCCUUGCAAGAACGUCGGCAGCGUAACAAGGCAGCAUCAGCCAAAUAUCGAGCUAAAAAGAAUCAACAGCAUGGUGAGAUGCGUACACUGAUUUCGUCUUUAACAAAAGAAAAUGAUCUUUUACAAAGACAAUUAGAGAAUGCUCGACAAGAAAAUAAUCGUUUAAAGGCAACAUGUGAUCGACUUCGAGGUAAAAUACUUGCAGAAAAGAUGUUGAAAAAGUUAUUAGGUCAUCCACCAUCACAGCAAGAUGAUAAUGAAAUGACACAAACAGUUAACAAUAAACAGCCGUCAUCUUAUAAUGAUUAUUAUUUUAAUCAAGAAAAGACUCGACAAAUAUCAUUAAACACAUUUAAGAAAAGAUAUGAUGAAGAUAUUGACUUUGAUGAUGGAGAAGAAGAAGAAGAAGAAGAUAUUGGAAAGAGUUAAUAUAUACAUACUUACCUACCUACAUACAUACAUAUACCAUAUUUAUAUACAUA